CUCUAGCCACCACAAGCUUUCACUCGGUGGCUUCCGGCUGGAUUUGAUCUGAGUCCAGCACUAGGGACUCCCUGACGGGCUCUGCACGUGCACCGCAGCGUGGGCUCCGGCGACCCUGCUGUCCAUCGGCCAUGUUCGAGGAGCCCGAGUGGGUCGAGGCGGCCCCGGCAGUCGUGGGCCUCCAUCCCGCGACAACGCAGACUCGGCCGGCGACUGCCCCGUCAGCUAAGGGCCACAAGCGCCGCCAUCUCCUAGCCACAUUAAGGACCCUGGAAGCAGCAUCUCUUUCCCGGAAACCCCCCAGCCCACCUGGCAGCGAUUCUGAGGAGGAGGAGGAGGAGGUAGGAAGGAAGAAUAAAUACCUCCAAAGGCCCUCACUUGCCAAUGCCUCUAAGGAAGUAGGGGAGAAAAGAAAAAGAAAAUGUCAAAAACAGGUGCCACCUGUCAGUGACUCUGAGGGCAAGGAAGUAGAAAGGAAAUGCUUAAGACAAACUUCUCUUGGUGGUAUCUCUACUGAAGAAGAAAAAGGAAAGAGGAAAUGCCAGAAAUAUUCCCACUCACACCCAACCCAGCCCCUGGACAGUGUUGGCCAAACAGUUCACAAUUCGAGGACAAGUAUUGCUACAAUUGACCUAUCCAAGCCAAGCCCUGAGUCCACAUCUUGUAACUCCUUACAUACCUUGAGCCGCAAACAGUGGCGGAACCGGCAGAAGAACAAGCGGAGACACAAGAACAAAUUUCGGCCACUUCAGACACCAGAGCAGGUUCCUUCCAAGGCUUCCACAGAGGAGACUGAGACGCUUCCUGCACCAGCAUCAGACAAUCAGCAGACUCGCGCUGGAGCCCUGCGAGCACGUAUGACACAACGGCUGGAUGGAGCCCGAUUUCGAUACCUUAACGAACAGUUGUACUCGGGGCCCAGCAGUGCUGCCCAGAGCCUCUUCCAGGAAGACCCUGAGGCUUUUCUGCUCUAUCACCGUGGCUUUCAGAAACAAGUGAAGAAGUGGCCACUGCACCCAGUGGAUCGUAUUGCCAAAGAUCUCCGCCAGAAGCCUGCAUCCUUGGUGGUAGCUGACUUUGGCUGUGGAGAUUGCCGCCUGGCUUCUAGUGUUCGGAACCCUGUACACUGUUUUGACUUGGCCUCUCUGGACCCCAGGGUCACUGUAUGUGACAUGGCCCAGGUGCCUCUGGAGGAUGAAUCUGUGGAUGUGGCUGUGUUUUGCCUUUCACUAAUGGGAACUAACAUCAGGGACUUCCUUGAGGAGGCAAAUCGAGUGCUGAAACCAGGGGGUCUGCUCAAAGUAGCUGAAGUCAGCAGCCGCUUUGAGGAUAUUCGGACAUUUUUGGGGGCUGUGACCAAACUUGGCUUUAAGGUCAUCUACAAGGACCUGACCAACAGCCACUUCUUCUUGUUUGACUUUGAAAAGACUGGGCCUCCUCGAGUUGGACCUAAAGCCCAACUCUCAGGCCUGAAACUUCAGCCCUGUUUCUACAAGCGCAGGUGACCAAUGUAUACCUGUUAAAGGGGGAGGGCUCAGACUCCAAACUCAGAACUCUGCAGACUGGACCUGCCCACGCUGUGAGCCAGGGCCUGGUGCCACCCUCCUUCUGUACCAAGAAUACUGCUCAGCUCUAUCUCCUGGAGCCUUCUUAGCUACAAAAAAGCAUGUAGUUACCUGAACAGGCUCAAGAAUGAGGAGUUUAUUGUGAAGGGUUUGGUGUAUCUGGGAACUGUGGGUCACUUCAGAUAUCAUGUAAACUAGUUGGCUUGGAA